ACCACUCAGAGAAGACCACUGAUUUCACUUGACUAACUGUAUUGGACUUUAAGACUUUGUCACCCUCCAGGCGAUGGACAGCAGGAUCAGACCGCUCGGCCUGGCCGGGCACACCGCCUCCCCUCUCGGUGGCUUGCAGGUGCCGCCUUCCCUCUUGCGCCCUCCGCCUCUCUUCCUCCGGGCUUGCAACCCCGCGCUGGAGAGGGGAUACCCCCGCACCCCGAAGUGCGCCCGGUGCAGGAACCACGGCGUGGUGUCAGCACUGAAAGGCCACAAACGCUUCUGUCGCUGGAGGGACUGCGUGUGCGCAAAGUGCACUCUGAUCGCGGAGAGGCAGCGGGUGAUGGCCGCGCAGGUGGCGCUGAGGAGGCAGCAGGCUCAGGAGGAGAGCGAGGCCCGGGAGCUCCGGCUCUUGUACCCCGGCUCGGGGAUCGGUGGGGAGACAGGGAUGCCCCAGGCGUCACCCGUAGGCCCCGGGGUGCCAGCAGCUGCCAGCAGCACUCCAACAGCUCCAAGUUUUGAUGUUUUUGGAGCAGAGAACCAAAAAAAUGAUGACAAACUGAGCAAGUACAACUUUUAUAACGGAUACGUGGGUCGACCCCUGUUUGCACCCCACACCGCACGCCUGCCCUCUCCAAAUGACAAGAAAGACCUGUCUCCAAACCAGGACACCACCGCUUCAUUUAACGACGACAGCGCAAGUGCGUCUCCAGCGUUUGACCAGCGCUCAGACCACUUGGAGAGCCCACAGAGGUCACUUUCCUCCUCGGAUCCAGACUCAGGCAGCGAGUCGGAGAAGCCCAGGGACUACCCGAGCCUGGAGCGGGACCCCACUGAUAUCAUAGCCAAGAUCUUCCCCCAUCAGAAACGGGACACCCUGGAGUCUAUGGUGAGAACAUGCAAAGGCGACAUCGUCAGAACCAUUGAACUGGUGUUGAGCUCCAAAGAGAGCAAACUAGACUGUGAUGGCUCGUCUCUCUCUAAUCACUCCAACGCGCUCAGGCCUUCUGUUGGACUGCCUGGAGCGCUCGGUGCUCUGGGGAACAAGUCUGCCUUCUCCCCGCUCCACAUGCCGCCGACGGCCGCCGGGGGAGACAGUCUGUACGGACUCAGCCCCCGCCUGGGUGUCAGCCCCCUGAGGCUGGCCUAUUCCUCUGCCAGCGGCGGGAUGGCAGGUUUCAUGUCACCAUACAUGACAUCCGGACUGAUGCCAGUGUUCCCACUGCGUCCUCCCUUGGACUCAUAUCCCUUCCCGGGCAUCCGAGACUUUUCUUACCUUCAGAGCAAGGAGUCUCUGUGCAGCACAGGUCUUUACUCCAGACUCAACAGUGAAAAAUGACAAUAUAAUAAUUAAAAAAUGUUAUACUUAAGUGAACCUUAUUGUAAAUUGACUUUUGGAUUUAUCUUUAAAUCGCAUUUCAAGUGCCUCAGACCAUGUGCUGAUUGAAAUCACUGCAUUCUGACAAUUUCUGUUUCAGACUUGUUUUUUUAUAGUGUAAAUGUUGUAACGGUUUUUAAUAUGAAUAAAACU